UGAUCAUAAUCCGAUUCCGAUUUGAUCUUAUAAAUGAUGGCGGCGCGGUGGUAAAAUGUGAAUUCCUUCUUCUCCGAUAGCAUAAAGCAUAGGUACGUGAACCGAAGGAACUUAACAACCAAAAUUGUACACUUUUCUCUCUCUACUGAAUCCGACUCCGGCACGGUUCCGGCUACGGCUACGGCACCGGGAAUCGGCAAUCGGCAAUCGGCAACGGCACUGCUAUUCACCUCAAUUAUUUGCCAAACUUCCGGUUAAAUGGAGAACAACUACAAUCCAAGCAGAGCUACUAUUGAUGAAGCUUCUCCCGCGGUUUCCAAUGUUUCCGUUCUUAACCGUAUAGAUCUAUCGAGCCCCGACAUUCAAAAAUCUGUUUCCUUACUCGAACAGGCAUGCCUUGAUUCUGGAUUUUUCUAUGUGGUUAAUCACGGAAUCAGCCAGGAUUUUAUGGAUGAGGUCUUCUCCCAAAGUAAAAGGUUUUUUGAUCUGCCAAAUGAUACGAAGAUGAAGCUUCUCAGGAAUGAGAAGCAUCGAGGUUAUACCCCAAUUCUGGAUGAACUUCUGGAUCCUGUUAAUCAAGUAAAUGGAGACUACAAAGAGGGAUAUUAUAUUGGCGUUGAAGUGCCUGAAGAUGAUCCAGAAGCAGAAAAACCAUUUUAUGGGCCAAACAUCUGGCCUGCUACAGAUCUGUUACCUGGGUGGAGGCAGACUAUGGAGAAAUAUCACCAAGAGGCACUUGAGGUGGCAAAGAAAGUGGCCAGGAUUAUAGCUCUUGCACUUAAUCUUGAUGCUGAUUUCUUUGACAAGCCAGAAAUGCUUGGCAAGCCUAUUGCAACAUUACGCUUGCUACACUACGAAGGCUUAGGACGAGUUACAGGUAGAGUUUCGAAUCCAUUGGAGGGAAUAUAUGGAGCUGGUGCACACUCUGAUUAUGGUUUGAUCACUCUCUUGGCAACAGAUGAAGUCGUAGGUCUUCAAAUAUGCAAGGAUAGGUAUGCUAACCCACAGAUAUGGGAAUAUGUGCCACCGCUAAAAGGAGCAUUUAUUGUAAAUCUUGGUGACAUGUUGGAGCGUUGGAGCAAUUGUAUUUUCAGGUCCACAUUGCAUCGAGUAUUAGGGAAUGGUCAAGAGAGAUAUUCUAUGGCAUUCUUUGUAGAGCCUAGCCACGAAUGUCUUGUGGAGUGCUUACCUUCUUGCAAAUCAGAAAAGAACCCACCCAAGUUUCCGCCCGUGAAAUGUGAAACAUAUCUGAGCCAGCGAUAUAAGGAUACUCAUGCUGACCUAAGCUUGUACCAGAACCAUCAAGAUUAGUUGGUGAUUAUGCAACAGUAUAGAGGAAAACAUUACACACUGGUAAUUCAUCCAGAGGCGCAUUGCUAUGGUAUACAGCUCAAAUGUUUGUCUUAUAUAAUUUAAAGAAGAGAGGGCCUUUGUUUUUCCUUUCAAACAGGCUAUGUAAGAUAUAUUUGAAUAAGGAAAGGCCUUUUUUUUCCUUUCAGAAA